CUCUCCUCUUUAUCUCCCCCAGUCCCCCUCCUCCUCGUGCGAUUCGCCCCGUGCUCCCCUCUCAAAACCCUAGCCCUACCACAGCCGCCCCUCCAUGGCUGCGGAUUUCCGCACCCCAGACCGCCUCCUUCCCGCCACGGCUGAGGAGCCGACGACCCCGCAGGGCCGCCCUCCCAGUCCGGUGCUUAGCAGCCCCGCCGUCCCCGACGCUACCCACGAUGACCUCCGCUUCUGGCAGUACAUGCUCGCCGGCUCCGUCGCCGGCGUCGUCGAGCACACGGCGAUGUUCCCCGUCGACACUCUGAAGACGCACAUGCAGGCCAGCGCGCCGCCGUGCCGGCCGGCUCUGUCGCUGCGGGCGGCCCUGCGCAACGCCGUGGCCGGCGAGGGCGGCGCCCUCGCCCUUUACCGGGGACUCCCGGCCAUGGCGCUCGGCGCGGGCCCCGCUCACGCCGUCUACUUCUCCGUCUACGAGCUCGCCAAGUCGGCCCUCACCGACCGCCUCGGCCCCAACAACCCCGCCGCGCACGCCGCCUCGGGGGUCGUCGCGACCGUGGCCAGCGACGCGGUCUUCACGCCUAUGGACACCGUCAAGCAGCGGCUGCAGCUCACCAGCAGCCCCUACACGGGCGUAGGGCACUGCGUCCGCACCGUGCUGCGAGACGAGGGGCCUAGCGCCUUCUUCGUUUCCUACCGGACAACCGUGGUCAUGAACGCGCCUUACACCGCCGUCCACUUUGCCACCUACGAGGCGGCCAAGCGGAUGCUCGGGGACAUUGCCGCCGAGGAGGAGUCCCUCGCCGUACACGCCACUGCUGGGGCCGCAGCCGGGGCGCUUGCCGCGGCGGUCACCACGCCCUUCGAUGUUGUCAAGACGCAGCUACAGUGCCAGGGUGUGUGCGGCUGUGAGCGCUUUUCAAGCAGCUCAAUAGGCGAUGUGUUCAGAGCAAUCAUAAAGCGAGAUGGGUAUUCUGGGCUCAUGAGGGGAUGGAAGCCAAGAAUGCUAUUCCAUGCACCUGCGGCUGCGAUAUGUUGGUCUACAUACGAGGCGUUAAAGUCAUCUUUCGGAAGGUUCAAUGAAGAAAGGCGGAAAUAGUCUGCCUUUCUCUAAGCCCCGUGUAUUCCCCCCCCCCCCCCCCCCCCCCCCCCCCCCCCACCCUGAAGUCAAUGUACUUCUAUACAGAAGCAUACAGCAUACUCGCUCAGCAGACAGAGAGACGCAUCUCCAGGAUGCAUUUGUUGUGAUGUUGUGCCCAAGAACUAUCACGAGGAAUUGAGAUGUGGCACAUCAAUAUGCAAUAUCUGUCUAACGCCAAUCUGUAUGUACCAUCUUUUCUUGCCAGAUAAUUUGACGUACUAUUUUUUCCAGCCUUGGCCCUUGGGGUGAGGAAAUAAUAGAAGAGAAUACUCCUUUUUCCAUGUAUUGAUCAGAACUACUCAGUGUCAGCAAGCUUAUCUGCAUUGUUGUAUCAUUGUAUGGCCCCAGAUUUUUUUUUAAUAACGCAAAGGCUUUGGUUUC